GAUUCAGAUCCACCCGCGUCUUCUCUCCCGCCCCCACCCCCACCAGAUCCCCUCUCCUCCACCCCCAUCCAUCCGGCGAUCUCCGCCGCCGCCGUCGUCAGCGUCUGCGUCUGCAGCAGCUGCCUCCGCCUCAGGGGAGGAGGAGGCGGAGGAGCAGGAGGAGGGGGGGAAGAUGUUCCUGUGGGACUGGUUCUACGGCGUGCUCGCGUCGCUGGGGCUGUGGCAGAAGGAGGCCAAGAUCCUCUUCCUCGGCCUCGACAACGCCGGCAAGACCACGCUCCUCCACAUGCUCAAGGACGAGAGGUUGGUGCAGCACCAGCCGACCCAGCACCCGACGUCGGAGGAGCUCAGCAUCGGGAAGAUCAAGUUCAAGGCCUUCGAUCUCGGCGGCCACCAGAUCGCCCGCCGCGUCUGGAAGGACUACUACGCCAAGGUUGAUGCUGUGGUAUACUUGGUAGAUGCUUAUGAUAAGGAGCGCUUUGCUGAGUCAAAAAAGGAGCUUGAUGCACUUCUAUCUGAUGAUUCAUUGGCAACUGUCCCAUUUCUCAUCCUUGGCAACAAGAUUGACAUUCCCUAUGCUGCUUCCGAAGAGGAGCUGCGGUAUCACCUAGGCCUUAGCAACUUCACAACUGGAAAGGGCAAGGUCAACCUAGGUGAAUCCAAUGUCCGGCCACUUGAAGUGUUCAUGUGCAGUGUUGUCCGCAAGAUGGGCUAUGGUGAUGGGUUCAAGUGGGUCUCCCAGUACAUCAAGUAGAUCCCUUGUCAAGACAUACUUGCAUACUUUGCCCAUCGAUCGAUUUUUUUUUUCCUUCUCGUUUGUUUCAGUUGGUGGUUCUUCAGACAACAAUCAUCAUGACGGUAUGGAAUGGAGGGUAUGAAGAGAAAACAGUGUUUUAACAUUGGGGACGAUGCUCCAUGUUGGAUCUUUAGCCUCAAACCAUUUGUUAUGUCGAGCUCCUAAAAUUCUUUUGCUUUUCCAUAGGGCGUUUACCAAGGACUUGAAGAUGAUGAAUUAUAAGAUUAUUGGUUUCUUAAAUGAUGUUUUGCUUA